UGGUUAGCCAAUAUCCGGGUCCCUAAAAUUUCCUUGAGCAGUUCUCAACCAACUCAACCAAAAACUUCAUAGAAGAAAGAAAUGUCUGCCGUUCGUGCCCUUCGUCAACUGUCGCGUACUUCUUGCGUGGCUUCCCGUAAUGUCAGCCGCAUCGCUACUGUUGCCUUUUCCAGAGCAGCUACCUCUCAACUUCCUGCUUCAAAAAGGACGUUCUCAGUUUCCGCUAGGGUGUUUGGACAGGGUGCUACUGAUAAUGCACUCUCUACCAAGUUGGCAGAAGAACUCAAAUAUGAGACUGAGAAUGUAAUCAAGUCCGACACUCCGGAAUUCUUGCAGGCCUUCAAAGCUCAAGGCGUGUGGGAGAUUGAGGACGCCGCAUAUCAGGAUGAAGUGACGCUUACUCGCAAGUUUGGGAAUGAGACCCUGAGGGUGAUGUUCUCAAUCGCCGACGUCCGAGCAGAAGAGGAUGAAUCCCUCAAUAACGAGGAAGCUCUAGAACGUGAUGAAGAACCUGAAGAACAUGAUGAGGAGGUAUUAAACAGCUUCCCCAUCCGUGUCUCCGUGUCUGUCACCAAGGCUUCUACGCUUGGUUCCCUUUCAGUGGACAUGCUUGUUCAAGAUGGGCACUUCGUCAUUGACAACAUCACUUCUUACCGUGACUCGAAGAUUGGUACGGAGUUAACCGCCGAGGCUGACUGGAAGCGAAGGGGUAUCUAUAUCGGUCCGCAGUUCGACACACUUGAUGUCGGUCUUCAGGAGGAGUUCAACAAGUGGCUGGAAGAACGUGGCAUCAACGAUUCCGUGGCCCUCUUCAUCCCCGAGUAUGCCGAAUACAAGGAGCAAGUGGAAUACGUGAGAUGGCUUGAGGGCGUCAAAGGCUUCAUCGACCAGUAAAUCAUCCAAGUGUCGCCUGAUGAUGCACAAAAAGCGAGCAUAUCUGUCUUAUCCACCACCGCGGCGACAUGAUCAAUACUCGGUUAAUGAUAUAUACGAUAGAUAAUCUCCAUAAUAGUACACCGCUCAACUACAGCUUCUGCAAGUCAUUCCGCGGCCAGCUCGCGUUGUGACGCGUGUUCGGGAAAUUUCCCGGAUGUUGUCGGAUGUCGUCGA